AUGGCCAUGUGGUCUAACUGGCUGAAGCCAUGCUGUGGGCGGAGGGCAGCCCUAUGGCAGGUAUGUCUGCUGAGCGCAGGCUUCAACUGUUUCCUGGUGGCUUGUGUCAUCCUGGUGGUCGUGCUGCUGUGUCUGGAGCUGCUCAUCGACACCAAGCUUCUGCAAUCGUUCCAGUUUGCCAGCAAUCAUCCCACUGGAUCAGCCUGGCCAUUCUGUUCUGUGUUCUUCACUGAGACGGUGUUCAGAAUUGUGGUGCUGGGGAUCUGGGAUUACAUCGAGAACAAAGUGGAGGUGUUUGACGGUGCAGUCAUAGUCCUGUCCCUGGCCCCCAUGGUGGCCUCAACGGUGGCCAACGGCCCCAGCAGCCCCUGGGACGCCAUCGGCCUCAUCAUCACCCUGCGCAUCUGGAGGGUCAAGAGGAUCAUCGAUGCCUACGUGCUGCAGGUGAAGGUGGAGAUGGAGAUGGAGAUGGAGAACCAGCAGUAUGAGAAGGCCAAAGCUGUCAGGGAGGAGCAGCUGGAGAGACUCACCCAGAUCUGCCAGGAGCAGGCAUUUGAGAUCAGGCAGCUGCGGGCCCACCUGGCUCAGCAGGACUUGGACCUGGUAGCAGAGCGAGAGGCUGCCAUGCAGAUCCACCAUGUGUGGGGCAAGCAGAGCAGCAGCUUCCAGGAGGUGGACGGCCUGGCCCCUGGGGGCCCCGAUCAGCGAGGCCAGGCUAAAGCCAGGGAGGCAGCGGCCUCUAGAGAUCAUGUUGUUCAAGAUGACAUGAACAACUACAUCAGCCAGUACUACAGUGAGGCAAGCAGUGAUGUUGGGAUCCCAGACCCAGCUCGUGUCAUCACCACUGCAGCCAUAGAUGUGCACCUGCCCAAUAACCCCAGCCAGCUGCCCUCGUCUCUGGUGAGUGCAGAUGCAGCGUCCAGCUGUCUGCAGCGGACGGGUAGCUCUGUGAGCGAGGCCUCCAACACCACCGUGUCCCGCUCUCGCUCCAGCUUCAGCGCCCACCAGCACAGUAUAAGUAGCCACACCCUGGGCUCCACCACCGACUGCAGCUCCACCGUCCGCGAGGCCUCCACCUCCACAGACUCCUACAGCGGCCAGCGCUGUUACCCCCCGCCCUACUGCAGCCCCCUGGCCCUGGGCACACAGCCUGGCCCCAGAGGACACCCCAGCGCCGUGGUGCAGGAGUUGCUCUCCUCGCUGUCUGAGGACUCCUGUCUGGGCCAGAAGGGCUUGGACCCUGUCAACCUCAAAUUGCCCAGCCCUGCUGGCUCCACCAAGACCAGCCCUGAGCUGCAGCACAGGCUCAACAUCUACAACAAGAGGAACAAGGAGAGCCACAGAGGCUUCCACACCAAGCCCCUCAUCCACCUGCAGGCCAGGGAGCCUUUCAUGGAGGAGAAGUACAGGCUAUCUCAGGCAGAUGCCACUGUCAGCAGCCUGCCCGAGACAUAGGAAAGGGCUACACAGGGUAUUGUAUCUCUUAGCCAGCAUUGACUCACUCCUCAAAGACCCUCCUGAAACUCACUGACUAAAACUAAAGACAUGAACUCAGAGGCAUCCUCCACUGGCAUACAGCCAUCUUCCUCAUUGCCAAAAGCACCUUGGGACUGUGAAUGGCAGCUCUGCCAGCACAGCCCAUCGUCCAUUGAGGACAGGGAAACAUGCUUUAGUGAGCAGGCACAGAACAUCUAUCAGGAAUUGCCACAAUAAAUGAGUAUAUGGAGUCACCAAAAGAAACCAGCAUUAGGGCAUUAGCCCAAGCUCUGAGGUAGCAGGGCUCAGCAGAAAUGUGACUGGCUCUGAUGCUUUUGAAUGUGAUAUAAUUUAGCGAUGGGGCUGGGUGUGUGUGGGUGGAACUGGGUGGUUUGUUUGUCUGAUAUACUUGCUUAGGGAUUGGAGACACUAGACUGAUCACAAAACAACUACUAAUUGGCUAUCAUAUUAUGAUGUCAUGAGCCACACUAAUCAGACAUUUUAUAAACAAACCAUACUGAAAGUCAACCUGGAGUUUCUCGACCUCAACAUUAAGUACAGUCCUCUCUGAUCGGACUAAUGCAGGGUACAUUUGAUCUAUGUUCUAAUGUGUUGAGCUGUGUUCUCAGCUUAUUUCUUACCUUUGUCUUUCUACAUUAUCAAUGCUAAAGUUUGUAUUCAAAUGAUAUGACAAAAUAUUUUUAAGCCAGACAAUUGAGGGAUGUUUCAGCUACCAAAUCUCAAGGGGUUUGUAAUUGAAGAUGUUAUGUAAAGUGUUGGUCAGAAGAAAAAGUAUUAUAGCAUGGACCUUUAAAAAUAUCUGCUUUUAGACAUGGCAAUCUAAUCCGUGCACUUAAAUGUCAACAGCCAUUUUGUAAAUUGAUCAUGAAGGGAAUUCAGUGCAGAGUAAAAGCAAUUAAAAGGCAAACAUGGUAAAAGAACAGUCAUUUACAGUCAGUUUUAUCAUUGAUACCAAGACCUUUUGGGGGACGACACAUUAAUAAAAGUGCAUUAGUGAGGCAGGUUUAGACUUCCUGAAGAUUGCCUUUAUUGUGACGCUACGUUAAAUACAUGUUACAAAAUAUGCAUUAACAGGGAACAAAAAUAUCACCUACGCCAG